CUGAUUGCAAACUUUGGGAAUGAUAGAAAGGGCUGUUGAAGAUAAUCGCUGAAUGAAGGUGGAAUGCUACUGUUUUGUGAAUAAGAGUAACAUUUACACUUUGGUUUCUGUAAGCACCCUGCUCUUGUGCCUAAAUUUAAUAUAAAAAAGGUACGCAAUUCUGAGACAUGUCGGAGGACCUGAGCUCCCAAUCCUGGUCCAUCAACAGGGAUGACUAUGAGCUGCAGGAGGUGAUCGGGAGUGGAGCUACAGCUGUGGUCCAGGCCGCCUACUGUGGGCCCAGGAAAGAGAAGGUUGCCAUCAAACGCAUCAAUUUGGAAAAAUGCCAGACCAGCAUGGAUGAACUCCUGAAAGAGAUCCAGGCGAUGAGUCAGUGUCACCAUCCCAACAUUGUGUCGUACUACACAUCGUUUGUGGUGAAGGAUGAGCUGUGGUUAGUAAUGAAGCUGCUCAGUGGUGGAUCAGUUUUGGACGUGAUAAAGCACAUCAUAUCAAAGGGGGAACACAAGACUGGUGUACUGGAUGAGCCCAGUAUAGCAACUGUUCUGAAAGAGGUUCUUCAGGGUCUGGAGUACCUUCACAAAAACGGACAGAUCCACAGGGAUCUUAAAGCUGGAAACAUAUUAUUGGGAGAGGAUGGAUCCGUGCAGAUUGCAGAUUUUGGUGUAAGUGCCUUCUUAGCAACAGGUGGUGAUAUGACACGAAAUAAAGUACGGAAGACGUUUGUGGGAACGCCAUGUUGGAUGGCACCAGAGGUGAUGGAACAGGUGAAAGGUUACGACUUCAAAGCAGACAUCUGGAGUUUUGGGAUCACGGCCAUAGAGUUGGCCACCGGCGCCGCUCCUUACCACAAAUACCCUCCAAUGAAGGUGUUGAUGUUGACUCUUCAGAAUGACCCGCCUUGCCUUGAGACUGGAAUCACAGACAAAGAGAUGGUGAAGAAAUAUGGAAAAUCCCUAAGGAAGAUGAUCUCCUUGUGUUUGCAGAAGGACCCAGAGAAAAGGCCAACAUCAUCAGAACUCUUAAAACAUAAAUUCUUCCAGAAAGCCAAGAAUAAUGAAUAUCUACAGGACAAAUUACUACAAAGAGCUCCUACAAUAACAGAGAGGGCGAAAAAGGUACGGCGAGUUCCUGGCUCCAGCGGGAGACUCCAUAAAACAGAAGAUGGAGAAUGGGAAUGGAGUGAUGAUGAACUAGAUGAGGAGAGUGAGGAGGGCAAAGCUGCUGUCGCUGCCUUACGGUCACCAAGGGUAAAGGAAGGACUUCAGAAUACAGAGAUUUUCCAGUCCAUUGGCAGUCACCUCCAGCCUGAACUACCUCAAGGUGCUGGCCAGGGCCCAGCACAGGCUUCACCACCCAUCACUCAACAUGUAGCCCCAACUACACCCCCCUCACACAGCCAGCCCACAGUAGCAAAAUCUGCACAGGUGCCAGUUCCUGGAGGUGAUGCCUCUCAAUCCCCCAUCAGUUUGGUAUUAAGGUUAAGAAACUUGAAAAAGGAGCUGAAUGACAUCCGAUUUGAAUUUAUGCCUGGCAGAGACACGGCAGAUGGGGUUUCUCAAGAGCUGGUAUCAGCUGGCUUGGUAGAUGGGAGAGAUUUAGUUGUUGUUGCUGCUAAUUUGCAGAAGAUUGUUGAAGAGCCUCAUUCCAAUAAAAAUGUCACUUUUAAGCUGGCCUCUGGGGUUGAGGGUUCGGAUAUUCCUGAUGAUGUCAAACUCUUGGGAUUUGCUCAGCUCAGCAUUAGCUAAACUUUUGCUCUGUGUGGGACCAAGACUAGCCUACAAAUGUGAAAGCAAACCAACACCAACAACCAACAGAAUGACACAAUACUUUUUUCCUUUAUCGAUUACCCGAAAGAAACCACUGUUGCCAAAGAGAAAAGCCCAUAGGAUUUCACAAAACGGCUCAACUGCAGAGGACAGUUGCACAAUAUUUAUCACUAUUUGUAGGAAUCAAUAAAAAUAAAGUUUACGAUUUAUGCAUGUAAGGAUGCAAUUAUCACAACCAGAUAAAUAUAUAUAUUUUUUAUGUUUCCCUUUCAUUUCUUCUUGUUUUCUCUACACUGUUUGUCCUGUGUUUGCACAAUCUAACAUCCUAAAAAUGGAAAAAUGCUUAAUCUCCUUUAGAACUACUGACUGAGUGAAUAUAAGGGGAGCGAAAUGCAAAAAAACAGAGUUUUCUGUAAAAGUAAAUAUGGCUACAACAAUAGUAUUUGUUUAACUGUAUUUCUUCUAUACUUCUGAAGACAAGCAGCUAGCAUGUUUUAUCAGUCUGCUAUACAUACACACUUGCUUUAUUUACUUAGAAGGUUCUUUAAACAAGCUUGUUGAACAUUUACAAAAUCUUGUUUUGAAUCAUUUUAAAUCUCAAAAUAUUAAAUUAUAUUCAUUUUAAAUGUACGUUAUUUUCUCAGCUGUUGAAAAGAGUCUGAUUUCUUAUCUUUGUACACUGGCUAGUGUCAAUACACUACAAUUGUUCUUAAUAUUAGUUGCAUUGCUGAUUAGUAACUUAAGACAAAGUAGCAAGCAGUUGAAGCCAGUUGUCAAAUAUGCUGGCUCAGUUCGGAUUGUCUUUUUGGUGACCCAGAGUGCCCGAUGAACACUCUUUAAAUUGUUCUAUAUAUCUUUAAACGUUUUUUCCAGUGUUUUUGAUCAAUGUGUCCUGUCUCAACUGGGCAAAUUUGCAAAUCCCACUCUGCUCUGCAGCAUGAGUUCUUGCCUUAAUGUUUCUACAUAUUUUUACAUCACUAUUUCUCUUGCUUUAGAUUGGUUUCUUAUCUUCAUUUGUGAAAUGUAAUUUAAAAUAUCACAUCAUUAUCUAUGAAUUCAGCUCAUUUCUGUAAGUAUCUCUCUGUGAUUAAGCCCUAACCAGUUCAUCAAAGUUGAGAUACUCUCUGAUGAAACUUUGUUUUUUGGCUUUGUUUCCACUCUGGAAUUGAUCUCUUUAGUAUUCAUGUGGAUUUCUGAUGUGGAUGAACUUAAAUUAACUUUCUCUCAUUUCUAAAUAGUGUAAUUUGGCAUUGAUUUGAUUUUAUAUGGGAUGUUUAUCUCAUGGCCUUUGUUACCUUCAUAAAUAUGGUGAUGGGAGGUGGUGUUGGCUACAAAAGACAUUGUGAGUUUUGCUGUUUUGUCUUUGUCUACAAGGGUGCCUAUAAUCACAAGAGUUUCUACAUUUCACCAUGGCAGUGGUAUAUGUCAGAUGUUUUCAGCAGGUCAGCUCUAACAUUGUUCUCUCAGAGUUUCUGUGAGAGGCUGUUUACUUCAGACAAGAUAUGCAAUGUAUCUCGAAACAUAAAUAGUGUGCUCUAAACAUAUUGCCACCUGCUGAGAAAACAGCCUGGAAUAAUAUGAGUGGAUAUUUUAAUUAUCACACAUCUCUCUUAAAGCAGUAUUUCUCCUGAUUUUCAGAAGUUCUUUUGCCUUUUUGUUUAUUUUAAAUAUAUACAUAUA